GAUUUCACUCUCGUGGUUUCGUAAAUGCUGUUGUUAUUCUUUUAAUUUGCUGCGCACUCGUUUCACUGAGCCGCGACACUCACAACUCACCGCAGGAAACACAACGCUCAGCAUCAACAAUUACCUUUUACCAAUAUUUGACAGCACACGGGACACGGAAGGCCGAUAUUCUUAUGAAAUAAAUCAAAAUGUUCGUCGCUGGAUCUUUAGGACACGUGUUUCCCACAAGGCCUCACAGUUGGAAUCUUACUCCAGAAGGACGGAGCGCAGUCUGGAUUGGUUCAAAGCAAACCCCCGCUGGGCUGAAGGGUGUGUGUGUGUGUGUGUGUGUGUGUGUUUGUGGAAACUUCUGUGUCUGUGUGAUGAUUGGUUGUGAGGAAACAGGUGCCCUUAAAGGCCGCGCACCUGAACAUGAACACACAAGUUAUUUCGUAUUUAAUGACACAAGUCUGAAAGUAAGUACAUUGACUGCUUUGAUUUGGUGACGAUGUGUAAAUAUCACAGGUAAACUUUGACCUCGCCUCGGUCCCCAAUUACAAAACCUCGGAUGAACGCUUGAACACAGCAGAGGGAAACUUUUAGUCCGGCUCAAGUCUAAACGUUGCUGUAGGUUCUCCGUCUGGUGAACCAGACCCUGCGCUCCUCUCUCCUCCCUCUCCGCGCGCUGUUUUCGGGGGCUCCUUAUAAAUAAAAUGCAGCGUCCCCGGUUCCUCUUCCUUAUUGGUCAGGGGGAGUCGUUACCUCACUCCGGGGCAGUGACGCGGCGUCUUCACGUAUCCUUCACGCGCGUCUCCUCUUGAGUCUUAUUGAGAGUCUUGCUGUCGCUCAGAGAGGAAGAGACGCGAUUCAAGACGAGCCGAUCCGUGCCGGACGGACCGGGUGCGCUCCAUUCUGCACACUUCCCGUCCCGGGAGGAGAGCGGUGCACACGAGCUGACUCUCUCCCCUCUCUCUCUCUCUCUCUCUCACCCGCACUUUCCCCGAGAGUCUCUCUCGCUCCCUCCCGCACACACACGCACACUCUCACGCCGGCGCUUGCGCACGCUCUGCAUCUUGACGUAGUAACUCGCGGCACUGAGCGCAGACCCGUCUGUCGUGUUCGGCUUCUCUUCGACGGAGCGACUUGGAGAAAAGUGACUCAUCCUGCGUGUCUGCGAGGACCCCUGGUCAUGUCCGUUUAGCUCCCCUGCGUGAUGCCUGAUCAUGACAGCACCACCCUCCUAACCAGACAGACCAAGCGCCGGCGCGUCGACAUCGGGGUGAAGCGGACUGUGGCUUACACGCUAUUCGGCCACGCCAGGGAGACCCUUUUUGACAGCAUGAACCAAUCACACAGCCCCGACCAGGACGCAGACUGCUCGCUCGUCGGUCACGGGCAUGGCGGCGCCAACGGGGAAGGAGAGAAGUCCAAUGUUUUGAGGAAGUUGCUGAAGAGGGCCAACUCAUACGAAGACGCCCUGAUGCCGUUCCCUGGAGCCACCAUCAUCUCUCAGCUGCUGAAGAACACCAUGGGCAAGAAUGGAGGGAGCGACUCGGGCUUCCAGUCCUCCUGUCCUCCAUCACAGGGCAGUGGAGCUCUGUCCAGCGGGGGCUCAGAGAUCCACGCAGAGGACGCCUGCAGCAACUCCUCCCGCGACAGCCCGUCCGACUGCCUCUCCCCCGGGCCCCCCCUCGCCCCUCCCCCGUCCUCCUCGUCCUCCUCCUUCGGGCGACCACCGCCUCCUUCGAGCCACAACUCCCACGCUCCCUCUCAGCCCCUCUCCUCCUUCGACCUGGACAGGCUGUCGGACGAGCACCUCCGCGCCAAGCGCGCCCGCGUGGAGAACAUCAUCCGCGGCAUGAGUCACUCGCCACUGGUCCGGUCCAACGGCGACCACGGCCAAGAAAGCCACCGCGAAAACCAGAAUUGCAGCAACGGCAGUACCGACCACCGGAGAGACGGCAGCGCCCACAACCACAGCCGCAGCGACGGCCCUCCGUCCCUGCUGAGCUCGCCGGGCUCUCGGGGCGGUGUGGUCGGCGAGGUUUACAGGGAGAAUAAGAGAAAGCAGCGCCUGCCUCAGCAGCAGCACAGCUUCACCCAGCUGGUGUGUUCCAGGCAGGAGCAGAGACAGGAGGAGAGACGGCAGCUCAAGCUCCAACUGGAGGACAUGCAGAAACAGCUGCGGCAACUGCAGGAGAAGUUCUACCAGAUCUACGACUCGGAGACGGAGGAAGACGAAGACAACGGCGGAGAGGCCGACCGAGGCGGAGAAAGAGAGGACGACGGCAACUUGUCAGAGGACAGCAUCCGCUCCGACGGGCUGGAGGAGAGGCACAGGAACCGAGGGCGGCGGGGCAACGAGGACCUGUCUGAGCUGGACCCGGGCCUCUUCCUGGACCGCGCCCGAGCCCUCCUGCGAGAACAGGCCCUGAUAGACGGAGAAAUGGAGGACGACAGGGAGGAGGCGGAGAGGACGGUCAAGAGAAGAGAAAGGGGAGCAGGAGAAGGAAGGCAGUUGGCGGAGACGCUGAAGCAGGAGCUGAACUGCGCCGUGUCCCAGGUCGUCGACACCGUGGUCAAGGGCUUCUCCUCGCCCAAGCGGGCCGUGGGUCACCACCACGGCCGCCACAGAAGCACGCCGGCGGCGCCGUCAUCUUCCUCCAACUCGUCCUCUUCUUGUCCUCCGCCUUUCGGCCCCCUCCCCUCCCUCACCCCUCCUUCACGCUUUGGCGGCCUGGGCCUCAGUAUGACGGCCGACGGCAGCCCGACCCAGAGCUACCACUCCUCCGCCCAGCGGCUGCACUGCUUCUCCGAUGUAAUGGUCCCGAGCCCGCUGGACUCAUUCGGGGGUUUGAGUGGCCGACUGAGCGGCGUGCCGGCGCCCAACGACCAGACAGAGGCCCUGCCGCUGGUGGUGCGCAAGAGCGGAGGUUCAGGAGAGAACACUAACGCCUCUCUUCCUCCUCCUCCUCCUCCUCUUCCUCCUCCUCCUCACCACCCCUCCCUCCACCCCUCUCCUCUCACGGCCUCGCUCGGGUUCAGCCCUCCGUCCUUUCGCCACCCGUUCCCUCUCCCCCUCAUGGGUUACCCCUUUCAAAGCCCCCUUUCACACGGGGGUGGAGCCGUCUACCCUCCGGGGCCCAAGGACCAUCAUCGGUCCUCCCCCGAUUCUAUGGACAUGACCCGCGAAGCCGUCAGCCUCAGAACCAAACUGCCAUCGCUCGGCGGGGGCCAUCUCAGUCACCACCACCACCACCACCACCACCACAGGCAGAGCUCGCCAGGGCAGCACGGGGCGGAGGGUCUGUCCCUGUCCCUCAUCAAGUCUGAGUGUGGGGACCUGCAAGACAUGGCCGACAUAUCGGCGUACUCGGGCAGCACCAUCCAGGAGGGCUUGUCUCCCAACCACCUGAAGAAGGCCAAGCUGAUGUUCUUCUACACCCGCUACCCCUCCUCCAACAUGCUCAAAAUAUUCUUCUCCGACGUCAAGUUCAAUCGCUGCAUCACCUCCCAGCUGAUCAAGUGGUUCAGCAACUUCAGGGAGUUCUACUACAUCCAGAUGGAGAAGUUCGCCCGGCAGUCCAUCAACGAGGGCGUGACCGCCUCGGAGGAGCUGGUGGUGAGCCGCGAUGCCGAGCUCUUCCGGGCGCUCAACAUGCACUACAACAAGGCCAACGACUUCGAGGUUCCUGAGCGAUUUCUGGAUGUUUCCCAAGUGACUCUGCGCGAGUUCUUCAACGCCAUCGUGGCGGGAAAGGACGCCGACCCGUCCUGGAAGAAGGCCAUCUACAAGGUGAUCUGCAAACUGGACAGCGAGGUCCCCGAUGUGUUCAAAUCCCCCAACUGUCUACAAGAACUCCUCCACGACUGAGCGGGCGAGCGGGACAAAACCUCCGCGGGCCGAGAGGAGACCGGACGAGAGCGCCAUUAGUCAGCGACUCCUGGAGAGGUUUGUUGAUGGGUGUUUUAAAAAUGAAGAGGAACAAAGGAUCCUUCUUGAGGAGACAGAGUCGACUGGUGAGACUUUUAUAACUUAAAGCAAAGACGGUGAGACCUGAACCUCCACGCAGCUACAGAAAAUCUCCUCUGUCUCCUCGUUCUCCUCCACCUCAUCAAAGCGUGUGCUCCCUCUCUGGAGGAAGGAAGGCAUGAGGAAAAUGAGGGAUCAAUCCUCAGCCUGGGGGGGGGGGAGGGGAGAGCUAAAAAUAAAGAUCAUAAUAUAUUAAAAAAAAUCUUUUUAUUGUGGAUGUUUUUAAGUUUGAUGGACAUUUUUGGAGAAGUGAUGUUUCUGUAUUUUCUUGUCCUUUGUAUUACUCUUCUAUGACCCUCAGUUACUUGCAUAGAUACACACUCACACACACACACACACUCACACACCACUUGAAUAGGAAAGCACCGUAGCAUUCCCCAAUCCUCACCUCAACCAGGAAAAACUGGACAUGAAUAAACUUGUUGUUGUUUAUUUCCCUUCCUUUGUCCCCUGCUCUUUUUACUCCUUACUUACUGUAGUGAGACUUACUGGGUGUUUGUUUUGACCACGCGCCCCCCCUCUUCCUUUCCUGGUCGCCCCGUGAUGCAUUUGGGCACCCAGAGCAUCAAAAAAAAAAUCCCCAAAAUCUAAAUUUAGGACACAGCAUUUAAGAGAUUGAAGUACAAUUAAAACUUUGUCAGAAUCCCAUGUAAACGUUGUAAUGACUGAUGAAUAAGAGGAGGAUCGCUCUGUAAAGCAGCAGCUCACUCCCACAUGGAGCACAACAUGGAAGGUGUAACCUUCUGCCCCUCACACACUCACAACAAUCAGCUUUUUAAAAUUGACUUCAUGAAUUGAGAGUCUGAUUUGUCUGUUUGAGUUGAAAUUGGCCCACUGUCUUUGCUCUGGGGGGGGGGGGGGGGCCGAGAGGAGCAGCCGGCCGGGUCACGUGUGAAGCGUUUUAACAGCAGAAAAAAAAAGACAUAGGACAAAAUGCUGAUAUUUGUAGCUUGUAUAGAUGUGACAAUUACUCGGAUAUUGUUAUUAUUUAUAAUUGAAAUAAAUAUUCCUAUUAAUGUUAUUCUGAUGAUGAUUAUUAAUGCUUGCUACAGAUUUGACCAGUGGUUUUACUUAUUGUUUAUCCAUCACACUGCAACAUAAAAUAAAUUAU